AUGCGUGUGAUCGAACCUUCUAAAGCCGAUAUUGGGGUCAUUGGAGGUUGUAGUAAGGCUAUCAUAUUCAUCAUCAAUCACAUCGCUAGCCAUCUUAGUUUAAUGCUAAUAUUCAAUGCUGAGCCGAAUGUUAAACCGGUUUCUUGUCGAUCGGGCAUAAUCCCCGUCGCCGAGUUGGGUGUGCUGAAUCAAAUACUAGAUUGUAGUCCUACCUCUAAACUUCCCCUCUUCUUCCCCUUUCGAAGCCUCCGUAUCUUCCGUAUUCCAUUGGAUCAACUCCGUUUCCUCCUCUUUUUGCUCACUGCUAGCAUCAUUUAUUCAUUUGCAAUCAGUCAAGCAAGCCCUAAAUGUUCCAUCUCGAACAACAAAAUUCCAUCACAAGACCUUUACUUACCAAUAAUUCGACCAAACCCCCAUAUAUAUUCUUGCAUAAAUUCUGCUCUACAAAUCAAACAUCACCACCUCCCAUCCAAAGAAUUAUAUCGACCCCUCAACAUCAAACUUCAAGACCCCCAUACAUACCAUCACGUGCUUUCCUUCUUCCGUAAGCCGAGCAUACCUGCUAUCACACAAUCAAACAUUAAGGGUGCUCUUCGUGCUGUACGUAAACAGGACUCCAUCUUGUUUUUCCAAACACACACACACAGCUAG